UUUUUCUUUUUUGCCUGGAGGGGGUGGGGAGCGGGAGCCGAGAGAGUGAAAGCAAAAUAUUAAAAAGCACCCAAGACAGCCAGCGAGAGCGCGCGCGGUGACCGAUGGCUUCGCUGUACCAGAGGUUCACCGGCAAGAUCAACACCUCGCGCUCCUUCCCGGCGCCCCCGGAGGCCAGCCGCCUCCUGGGCGGCCAGGGGGCCGAGGAGGACGGCGGCGCCGGGACGAAGCCCCUCGGCCCGCAGGCGCAGGCGGCGGCGCCCCGGGAGCGCGGCGGCGGCGGCGGCGCGGGUGGCCGGCCCCGGUUCCAGUACCAGGCGCGGAGCGACUGUGACGAGGAGGACGAGCUGGUGGGGAGUAACCCUCCUCAGAGGAACUGGAAAGGCAUCGCCAUCGCUCUACUGGUCAUUCUGGUCAUCUGCUCCCUGAUCGUCACCUCGGUCAUCCUGCUGACACCAGCGGAAGAUAACAGUCUGUCUCAGAAGAAGAAGGUCACGGUGGAAGAUCUCUUCAGUGAAGAUUUCAAACUCCACGACCCCGAGGCCAAGUGGAUAAGCGAUAAAGAAUUCAUCUACAGAGAACGGGAAGGCACCGUGAUACUGCGGAACGUCGAAACAAAUGACUCUACAGUGUUAAUAGAAGGCAAAAAAAUUGAAUCAUUAAGAGCCAUCAGAUACGAAAUAUCUCCAGAUAAAAAAUACGCACUUUUUUCAUAUAACGUGGAACAAAUAUACCAGCACUCCUACACUGGAUAUUAUGUCCUCAGCAAACUUCCUCACGGAGAUCCUCAGAGUCUGGACCCUCCGGAGGUGAGCAACGCGAAGCUUCAGUAUGCAGGAUGGGGUCCCAAAGGCCAGCAGCUGAUCUUCAUCUUUGAGAACAACAUCUACUACUGUGCGCACGUGGGGAAGCAGGCCAUCCGCGUGGUCUCCACUGGGAAGGAGGGCGUGAUCUACAACGGCCUGAGCGACUGGCUGUACGAAGAGGAGAUUCUGAAGACCCACAUCGCGCACUGGUGGUCUCCCGAUGGCACGAGGCUGGCCUAUGCCACCAUCAACGACUCCCGUGUCCCCCUCAUGGAGCUGCCCACCUACACGGGCUCCGCCUACCCCACCGUGAAGCCCUACCACUAUCCCAAGGCUGGCAGUGAGAACCCCAGCAUUUCCCUGCACGUCAUCGGCUUGAAUGGACCCACCCACGACCUGGAGAUGAUGCCCCCUGACGACCCACGGAUGAGGGAGUACUACAUCACCAUGGUGAAGUGGGCGACCAGCACCAAGGUGGCUGUGACCUGGCUGAACCGCGCGCAGAACGUGUCCAUCCUGACCCUGUGCGAUGCCACCACAGGGGUGUGCACAAAGAAACACGAGGAUGAAAGUGAAGCUUGGCUGCACAGACAGAAUGAAGAGCCGGUGUUCUCCAAGGAUGGCCGAAAGUUUUUCUUUGUCAGAGCGAUCCCACAGGGGGGACGAGGAAAGUUCUACCACAUCACUGUGUCCUCAUCCCAGCCCAACAGCAGCAACGACAACAUCCAGUCCAUCACCUCCGGGGACUGGGACGUGACCAAGAUCCUGUCCUAUGAUGAGAAGCGGAAUAAGAUCUACUUCCUGAGCACGGAGGACCUGCCGCGGAGACGACAGCUCUACAGCGCCAACACGGUGGGCAGCUUCAACAGGCAGUGUCUGUCCUGCGACCUGGUUGAGAACUGCACCUACUUCAGCGCCUCCUUCAGCCACAACUCGGACUUCUUCCUGCUCAAGUGUGAAGGUCCUGGAGUGCCCACUGUGACCGUGCACAACGCUACAGACAGGAAAAAACUCUUUGACCUGGAAACGAAUGAGCAUGUACAGAAGGCCAUCAGUGACCGGCAGAUGCCCAAAAUCGAAUACAGGAAGAUCGAAAUUGAUGAUUAUAACUUGCCGAUGCAGAUCCUAAAGCCAGCGACCUUCACGGACACGGCCCACUACCCCUUGCUCCUAGUGGUGGACGGCACUCCCGGGAGCCAGAGUGUGACGGAGAAGUUUGAGGUGACUUGGGAGACGGUGAUGGUGAGCAGCCACGGGGCGGUGGUGGUCAAAUGUGACGGCCGAGGCAGCGGCUUCCAAGGCACCAAGCUCCUGCAUGAAGUGAGGAGGCGGCUGGGCGCCCUGGAGGAGAAGGACCAAAUGGAGGCCGUGAGGACCAUGCUGAAGGAGCAGUACAUCGACAGAACACGGGUGGCUGUGUUCGGGAAGGACUACGGUGGAUACCUGAGCACUUACAUCCUCCCGGCCAAGGGUGAAAAUCAAGGCCAGACCUUCACCUGUGGCUCUGCUCUGGCACCAAUAACGGACUUCAAGCUGUACGCAUCUGCGUUUUCUGAGCGGUACCUGGGCCUCCACGGACUGGACAACAGGGCAUAUGAGAUGACCAAGGUGGCCCACCGGGUGUCGGCGCUGGAGGAACAGCAGUUCCUGCUCAUCCAUGCCACGGCGGACGAAAAAAUCCACUUCCAGCACACAGCAGAGCUCAUUACACAGCUCAUUAAGGGAAAGGCUAAUUACAGCUUACAGAUAUACCCCGACGAGGGCCACUACUUCCACAGCGCUGCGCUCCAGCAGCACCUCUACAGGUCCAUCAUCAACUUCUUGGUGGAAUGCUUCAGGGUCCAGGACAAGCUACCAGCCGCUACCGCGAAAGAGGACGAGGAGGAGGACUGA